GUUGCCUGGUGGGGGUUGGUGAAUUUGGCCCAAUAAACCAAACUAUACGGCGCUUAUUCAAUCGUGACUUUUUUUUAGGUGUACUAUUCUCCUUUUCAACCAGCCGUGCAUCCACAGAAUUGAAUCGAAAGUCCUGCUCGAAGAUGGGGUGGAUGACUAGAUUUCUAACGGCAGCGGCAUUUUUGGCAGUUGGAGCCGUAUUUUCGCCGGAAACCUUUGGAUCAAAAUCAAUCGGCCUGCAUUCGCCGAUGCUCAUCACUCUCUUGAAGCUGGCCCACCUCCUCUGCUUCUCCACCGCCUUUGGCGCCGCCCUCUGGGUGACCUUUGUUGGCGGCAUCAUCAUGUUCAAGAAUUUACCGAGGCAUCAGUUCGGGAAUUUGCAAAGCAAGAUGUUUCCAGCUUACUUCUCAAUGGUGGGGGUAUGCUGUGCAGUGUCGAUGGGUGCUUUUGGGUACCUGCAUCCAUGGAAGACUUCAACCACUGCUGAGAAGUACCAGAUUGGAUUCCUGCUCGCUGCCUUUGCUUUCAAUCUCACUAAUCUCUUUGUCUUUACCCCGAUGACCAUAGAGGUACAAAGUGCACUAAUUUUGUAACUCUUUUCAUGAUUG